ACAUAGAUGGGAAAGCAACACAUUUUAGCCAUACCUUAUCCAGCACAAGGCCAUGUAAUUCCCCUGUUAGAGCUUUCACAACGUUUAGUUGCACAGAGUUUCAAGGUCACUUUUGUGAACACUGAGUUUAACCACAAAAGAGUAGUGAAUGCACUGUCAGACCAAGACAACCUCGCCAAUCAAAUACAUCUGGUUUCAAUCCCAGAUGGGAUGGAACCCUCAGAGGAUAGGAACAACUUGGUAAGGUUAACGGAAGGAAUCUUAAAGGUCAUGCCCGGGAAGCUGGAAGAGCUGAUAAGAAAGAUUAACAGAUCAGAUGACAAGAAGAUCACUUGUGUUAUUGCAGAUCAGAGCAUGGGAUGGGCCCUGGAAGUUGCAAAGAAGAUGAUAAUCAGGGGAGCAGCCUUCUCGCCUCCCUCAGCUGCAAUGCUUGCUUCGGCAUUCAGUAUCCCAGAACUCAUUAAUGAUGGAAUAAUAAACAGUUACGGGACACCAGUGGGGAAUCAGAUGAUUCAGUUGUCACCAAACAUGCCUUUAAUUGGUGGAUCAAACCUUGUAUGGGCAUGCAUGGGCGAAUUGACAGAACAGAAAUUCAUCUUUGAAUUUAUGGUAAGAAAUAACAAGGUCAUGGAAGUGGCAGACUGGAUAAUAUGCAAUUCAUCUGACAAGCUGGAGCCUGGAGCCUUUGCCUUAUUUACAAAUCUCUUACCUAUAGGCCCACUUUUGGCAAGACACCGGCUUGGAAAACCAGCUGGUUGCUUCUGGCCAGAAGACUCAACCUGCCUAGAAUGGCUUGACCAACAGCCAACACAUUCCGUCAUCUAUGUUGCAUAUGGAAGCUUCACAGUUUUUGACAAGAUCCAGUUCCAAGAACUGGCUUUGGGGCUUGAACUCACUGGCAGACCAUUCCUAUGGGUCGUUCGGCCAGAUCUGACACAUGAAUCCAAUGAUGCUUACCCAAUGGGGUUCAGAGAAAGGGUAGCAACUCAUGGCCGACUGGUAGGUUGGGCACCUCAGCAGGAGGUCCUGAGUCAUCCAUCUGUUGCUUGCUUUUUAAGCCACUGUGGUUGGAACUCUACCAUGGAAGGUCUCAGCAAUGGAAUUCCUUUCUUAUGUUGGCCAUACUUUGCUGACCAAUUCCUUAAUGAGAGUUACAUUUGCGACACUUGGAAGAUUGGAUUGAGGUUUAAUCGAGAUGAAAGCGGGAUCGUCAGAAAAGGCGAAAUUAAGGAUAAGGUAGAGCACCUGCUCAAUGACAAGACAUUCAGAGAAAGGGCCUUGGAUCUGAAGGAAGUGGCUGCUGAAAGUGUCAACGAAGGUGGCUGCUCACACAAUAACUUCAACAAGUUAAUUGAAUGGAUGAAGACAGAGAAAAGUUGCUCAAACCACAGGCAAGCUUGA